UUCAUUUUCUUCUCCGCGCGCCUCGAUCAGUAGCGCCCUCCUCCGUCCGUUCCCCGAUCCAGCUCCAGCGAGCUGCGCGUGCAUGGCGGCGACCCUCCUGUCCCACGUCGUCUCCGACCUCUGCAUCGGCAGGCCCAGGGUGCUCACGCUGCCGCCGUCCACGCCCGUCGCCGCCGCGCUCCGCGCCGGGGCCGACCCGUUCGUCUUCGUGGACGCCGAACCGGCCGCCUGCCGCGCGAAGAGGGGAGCGGCCACGGUGUACGUGAAGGUCAGCGUCGCGGACGUCCUCUGCUACGUCUGCGGCGACGCGGACAACCUCACGGACCCAGCGGCAGCGCUCGGCCGGCCCGUGUCCGCCGUCGCCGCCGCGGUUGCUGGCGGCCACGGCGUCACCCACCGAGUGGACCCCCAGACAAGGCUGCUCGACGCCAUUGACGUGCUGCUGACCGACGGGUGCCAAGGCCUGCUCGUCCCCCUCCACGCGCGCGCCCGCAAGCGGCAUCACCAGGUCCUCUCCCCCGCCGCCGUGGCGGCGGCAUCGUCCGACUGCUGCGUGCUGACGGGAGAGGACAUCGUGCGCCACCUAUUCGACUCCAUCUCCCACUUCUCCCCUGUCGCCGCGCUCACGGUCGCCUCCCUCGGCCUCGUCCGCCGCGACGUGCACGCUCUGCACGUCGGCGACGGCGGGCUCGACGCGAUCCCGCUCCUGCAGAGAGCCGUCUCGGACGGCACGGCCGUUGCCGUCGUCGCCGACGACGACGCGAUGGUCGGCGAGAUCUGCCCCGGCGUGCUCGCGUCGUGUGACGUCGAGUCGGUGGCGGCCGCCUUCGCCGCGCUCUCCGCUGGCGACUUCGUGACGUACAUCGACUGCUCUCUGACGCACACGCAGCCGGAGUUCUUGCUCCGCGCCAUCCGAGCCCAGCUCAAGAACAGGGGCCUCGACGCCAUUGCUGAGCUCAUGAACGCCUCGGACGCCGCCUCUCUGCCCUCGUCCCCGUCGUCGUCGACCUCCUCCGAUGAGGACUCAUCGUCGGGACGCGGACGACGCCCGCGGAGGAUGUCGUCUGGGAGUUUCGGGUGGCGAUCGACGGAGGACGUGGUGGCGUGCCAUUCCGGGAGCUCGCUCGUGGCCGUCAUGGCCCAGGCCCUCGCGCAUCGUGUCGGGUACGUCUGGGUCGUUGAUGAGACCAGCGGCGCGCUCGUCGGAGUAGUGCGAUUCGCAGACGUGCUCGCGGUGCUCCGGGAGCAUCUCCGCCCUCAGUCCCAGGUGCUAUGCAGAUAAUCAGUGAUCUGCGUAUCAGCUUAUGCUCACCUAAAGAUCUCCAAGUCUCCAACGCUAAAACAGUUGGGAGUUGUUUAUAUUCUUCUGUCAAUCCGUCUCUGUCAAAAUCCUUUUUUCUUUUUGAACGAAUCGAACUGAAGAGAAGUCUGUAAAAGUUUGUUUUGACGAGAGCGUACUGUAUGUCAUUCAGCCCAUAAGCAUGAAA